AGUGAGGAGGUGAAGGUGGGGGAGGAGGUAUCUGCCUCCUGCUCUGUGUCUCACUCCUGCCGAUCUGAACACCCUCUCCUCACCUGGAGCCACUCUGCAAUACCCAGUGUCCAAUCACAGCAGCUGACCAAGGGCCAGUGGGAGGUGACAUCAUCCAUGACCUUUACCCCGCCAUCACUGAUAACAACCAACCUCUGGCCUGCACAGCAGCGUACAGGGGAGGGAAGACAGUGAACAGCUCCAAGACUCUCAAUGUCAAAUGUCACUCUCAAUUACCUGUAUAGUAUAAAUGAGAGUGGUUAUAUUUCCUGACAAUGUUGUUCCAAACCAAGUGGCGGGUCUGCUGUUGGGCUGAUCACACAAACUCAUGAUUGUGGCUUUGUGGGAAAGAAUGACCCAGUGAGUGGCUCAUGUGCGUUGUUGCUUCUCCAGACUGCAGAGAGAUGUGAAGGUGGAGGGAGUGAUCAGUGUGAAGGAGGGAGACUGUGUAGCUGAGAUGCUCCAGUGACAGUAAUCCUGCUGCCCACAGCUACCGCUGGCAGCACAACAAAUUAAGGGCCUAUGCCAACCACAGGACCCACACACACUGGAGUGACCAGACUCACUGAAGCCCUCUACUGCACUGCCAUCAACACAGAGGGACAUGGGUGCUCCAG